AUGGUAAAAGCUGUUUCAAUAGAUAAUAAACCUGCUGCUAACAAAAAAAGAGCUUCCAGAAGAAGAAAGAAGAGAAGAACUGAAGAUUUUUCUUCUAGUGAAAGUGAUAGUAGUAGUGACAGCAGUGAUGAUGAUAGCGAACAUGAUUCUAAGAACGACAAUGAUAAUGACAUUGAGAUGAAGGAUACUGAACAAUUGAAAGAGAAACCAAAAAAAAAGUCUGAUAUUUCAAGCAUUGAAACUAAAAACGUCGAGCUUCACAAUGUUGUAGAGGAAGAUGUUGUUGAAGGUAAAGGAAUCAAUAAAUUGAGCAACGAAUUAAAGAAAAAAUUGAAUGAAAUCAACUUGCAUUCCAAUAAGAAUACUAAUGUGACUAAGAUAUCAUUUGAGUCAAUACAAAACUCUGAGGAAUUUUUGAAGAGAUUUGCCGUAGAGAACUUAGUGGAUGGCGGUUCCGCUUCGAGGAUCAAUUCAGAAACACAACAAAAACUCCAACCUUCCAAAACCAUAGAAAAAAGCUCAAACCAUGAUGCCAACGGUAAUUCAAAUUCUCAAAAUGAAAAUAAGAAAAGUGAACUUUUGGAUGAAUACUUGAGUUUAAUGAUGGGUAACUAUGAAGCUGAUUUGGAUGAUCUAAGAAAAGCCAACGAUUUGAACGAGUUUUCAUUACCAAUUUUGGCUAAUUUGUUAAGAGAAGGUGGAAAUAUUUUCGAUUAUGAAAGCUUGAGCACGAUUGUCACUAAAUAG